ACUCUCUCCUUCCUCUGUCUCCUUUCCUGCUCUCUUCCCCACCCUUCUCUCUCUCUCUCUUUCUCUCUCUCUCUCUGCAUCUCCUCCACCCUCCCAUCCUCCUCCUCUCCAUUCAAGUUAUUCACCCGUCUCCUCCUCGUUCGCUGUGCUUCUCCGUCUCUCCUCUGUUUCUUCCUUUUCUUCCUCCCUUGUUGCUGCUGGAGCUGCCUCACCCCACAUCCCUCCCUUCCAACCAAAGCUCAGUCCUCCUCUUUCCUCCUCCCCCUCUUUCUAAGAGGUCUCCAAAAGCUCCCGAGCACAUAGCACAACACACUCCUCUGCCGUGUGGGUGAAACAUGUCAGCUGUCCUGGACCUGGACCAGAUUGCAUGCCCUGGAAAUGGAACGGAGCACGACAUCGAGACUCCGCAUGGCGUCCUCCAUGUGACGAUGAGAGGCGUUCCCAAGGGCAACAGACCCGUCAUCCUCACCUACCACGACGUCGGCCUCAACCACAAGUCCUGCUUCAACACUCUGUUCAACUAUGAAGACAUGCAGGAGAUCACCCAGCACUUCGCCGUGGUUCACGUGGACGCCCCCGGCCAGCAGGAGGGCGCGCCCCCCUUCCCCACCGGGUACGUGUACCCGACCAUGGACGAGCUGGCGGAGAUGGUGCCCUCCGUCAUGACUCAGCUGAAGGUCAACAGCGUGAUUGGCAUCGGCGUGGGGGCGGGAGCAUACAUUCUCUCCCGUUUUGCACUGAACAACCCAACACUGGUGGAGGGUCUGGUCCUGAUCAACGUGGACCCGUGUGCCGAGGGCUGGAUCGACUGGGCCGCUUCUAAGCUGUCUGGAUGGACCAGCAACCUGGUGGACAUCAUCAUGGCUCAUCACUUCAGCACCGAUGAGCUGACGGAGAACCAGGAGCUGAUCCAGACCUACCGCCUCCACAUCGCACAAGACAUCAACCAGGACAACCUGGCCCUCUUCUACGGCUCCUACCAAUAUCGUCAGGACCUGGGCAUUGAGAGGCCCGUCGUGGGCCUGAACGAGGACACGGUCAACACUCUCACGUGCCCUGCCCUGCUGGUGGUCGGAGACACCUCCCCUGCUGUGGAGGCCGUGGUGGAGUGCAAUUCCAGGUUAAAUCCCACCAAGACUACGUUGCUAAAGAUGGCUGACUGUGGAGGUUUACCAGAGGUCGUGCAGCCGGGGAAGCUCGCCGAGGCGUUCAAGUAUUUUGUUCAGGGCAUGGGCUACAUCCCCUACGUACUUCUCAGUCACCUGAGCACCGAAUCAGUGCCGUCAGCAGGGAUGACCCGCCUGGCCCGCUCACGCACCGCCUCCUCUUCCAGCAUCACCUCCAUGGACAGCAGUCGCAGUCGCACCAACCUCAACAGCCUGCUGGAGGGCGGGGCCGGCGGGGCCCUGGACGCCCCGGCGGGGCCCCAGACCAUGGAGGUGUCCUGCUAGGCUGCACCGGCCCUGCACCCCCUCACAGUAACUUAUGCCCCUCUUCCUCUCUCGUCUCUCAUCUUCCUCCUACGAGACUUAACACUGAGGGACGUAUGUGAUUAGAACGAAGGAUCUAAUGAAUAUAUUAACAGAUGCAUAUUAUAAGAUAUAUUAAAUAUACUGUCAAAGCAUAACUAUUCAGAUGUGUUGUAUAUGCAAAUGGUUACACUGUUUAAUUGACCACUUAACUCGGCUGUCUAACCUUGUAUUUAUUUUUUUUUGUCUUUGUUUUAAACCUUUUCACACUAGAAAUACUGUAGAAAUCUUCCAUGUAUUAAAAAAAUCCUUUUUUUUAACUCAACAUGUGGGCUUGACACCGAGUGUGAAUCAUUGCAGCUUUUUCCAUUUUCACUUUCACACAACCUUUUGCAUUUUAGUCACAAAGUGCAGAGAGGGAUCUCUCCGUGUGUAGCUCUGCAGCCGUCGUCGUGUACAAUUCGGAUUGUUAGGUGAAGCCGAGCAAAACGUAGAACAAAGCACCUCUCCGUGAAGAGCACCGAGUGAAACCCUGUAGGGCUGCUCGUCCACGUUUUACAUUCAAAUACCUUUUUGUUUGCUUUGUAUUUUUACGUUCCCCCCCCCCGUACUGUGUGUGUGUGUGUACGCGUCCAGCUGAAUAAAACAUUCGGUGAUAUUUUAACAACCUUUAACAAGUGGGCUCUGAUGUGAAAGUGAUCAGAGCCCGUCACCGGGGGCCCCGUGGUGCUUCUCACCCUCUGCUGAGUCAGCUCAUUUAUAUUACGAUCAAAUAAAGCUCCAAAACAACA